AUGUCAUCCUCACAAGAUUCCGAAUUGAAAAUUGAUCAACAACAAGCUUCUUCCCAUGAAGAAGAAGAACACUCCGAAGAACACUCUGAAGAAUACUCUGGACAUUUAAAAAAGACAAGAUUUCAGCCAUCCUUUAGCGAGACUAAACAUGCGUGUUACGAAGUUUUCAAAUGCAAGAGCAUCAAAUUCGACGUUCGAUCGUUCAGCAUACUGGACAAAAUGAACAAGAAUCAAGGAGUUUUUGGUUUUAUUUGUAAAAGAGAUGGACCUAUCGGAGGAAGCCUUUACAUUGUUAAUGUUGCAGGAAAAAGCCUUUAUGAUGAAAAUAAUUCCAACGUAAAGGAUGCGAGAGAAUUCAUCUUUUGCACCCCAAAACUUCGAUAUGCAUACAAUAGGGAGUUUACCGAUUUUGUGGAUAAAUUUGAUCAUGAAGAGCGAAUUGCUUCGUACUAUCUGAGUGAGAAAUGGAACGGAACAAACAUUUUGCUGUUCAAAUAUCACGAUGCAGAAGGCAAUGAAUUUAUUUCGGGAAAAACUAAGGGCAUGCCCACUCUCACCGAUUCUAACUUUGGUAACUUCUUGAGCUGCACCUUAACUGCAUUGCAUUUGCAAGAUUUUAUUGGAAAGUAUGAAAACUUGUGUUUGAGAGAUGAAUUGAUGAAAAUACACAACGAUCCUAACCAUCCAAACUAUAUGCCUCAUUUGCAUGAAUUUUUGAAUAACAAGGACAUUCAAGCGAUUUCCUUAGAAAUUUGUGGUAACUCUUUACCUCACUUGGUCAAAUACGAUUUUGCUUUGGAUUUGAAACCACUGUUCUUUAUUCACAAAGGUGGAAAGAUUAGACCAUGCCUUAAAGUUCGUGGUAUGGAAGAAUUUGGACCAAUUCCAUACACUCCAUUUGAAUCUCAUAAUUCUUGUAUUAGAUUGUGCAAAAUGCUUCAAAAAGAUAGCUUGGAAAGAAACGAAAAUUAUCGAAAAGAACACAAUUUAAAACACAAAUACGAGUAUGAACACUUUGCGGUGGAAGGACACGUCUUGUAUUUGUUAGACGAGCAAGGAUUUGUUGUGAGUAGAAACAGCAUUUACAAAGUGAAACCUAGGGAUGUUGAGGAAGUACAUUGGGAACAAUUUGAUGAAAUGAAAAAAGGUCAAGUAAGAGAUGCUGUCUUAAAGAUGAAACAAAGAGGCCUACCUUUGUCAAACGAAGAGGCACUGAGAAAAGAACUAGAUUGUGGAGACAAGGAGUGGUCAAAGUUCUCAAGGGAAAUAUUGGCCUUUAUUGAGAAAGAAUUUGGAGAAAAUUCUGAAAAUCAAGCAAAAAAGAAGUCCAAAAAAUCGAACAAAAAGAAACAGCAACAAUCUACAUCAACAGAACAAAAUCAAGAGCCUCAGGUCACAAAUAGUAAUAAGGAGGCUGUGAUGGAUGUUGCAAUUGAAGUGGUGACUUCUUCCUCAAACCAUGUGAGCUCACCUACGACCAACGAAAAACCAAAGAGAAACCAUCAAUCACGCAACAAGAACAUGGUGCUGUAUGUUUUGAAAAAAGAAUAA